UUCACGUCUCACAAAAAUUAUGGAUAGCACCGCGACAGAUGCAGAACUUGACACACUCGUUCAGUCAGGAGAAGCUCUGAUUGCCAUGAUCUUGCAAGGCGAACCGAACACCUUUAUAGAAAAUCACAUUAAAAUGGGUGCACCGCUGUGGUAUCAGGAUGAACUUGAAGGGAUUUCUGCACUCCAUGCCGCUGCUUAUAUGCAAAAUGAAGUCCUGGUGAAAUAUCUUCUCGCCGAAGGAGCUGUCUGGAAUGUGGUGGAUCAUUUGAAUCAUACAGCGGGCGAGAUCGCCCUAUCGUUCAACAAUGAGAAGAUUUAUACUCUCAUUCGAGAUCAUGGAAUCCGCAGUGAGAUGUUAUUGGGCAUUCUCUCUUCGAAGUCCAGGCCACAGUCUCCUGCGAAUUCUCUGAUUCUAAACAAUCCCGAUCAAACGGCUGCCGGUUCCACAAGUACAUUCUUAAAAUCGAAACUUUCCUUUGUAACCGACGAUCAAGGGCAGGAAAUCUGCGUGGUGAAAGCAGAAAACGAGGAAAUCGGAGUAAUGAUGGGAUGGGAACGAGGUAUCAUGGAAGAAACAGUGCGGGCACUGUGCGAAGGGCAUCCUAAUCUAGCGGGGCUCCGAAUACUGAAUAUCGGCCAUGGGCUGGGGAUCAUAGACAGCCUUUUCCAGGGCCUCUCCGUCCCUCCGGCUCUGCACUACAUUGUCGAACCACAUCCCGACGUACUUCAGUUUAUGAAGAACAGGGGCUGGUAUGGUAAAGCAGGUGUGAAAAUUUUGGAAGGAACAUGGCAGACUCAGAUGGCUGAACUGAUCGAGAUGGGUGGCUUCGAUGUGGUUUACACUGACACAUUCUCUGAAGGGUAUAGGGAUCUUCGAGAUUUUUUUGAGCACCUUCCAGACUUGCUUUCCGGACCGCAGUCCCGCUUUGGUUUCUUCAAUGGCCUUGGGGCAACGAACAUCCUCUUUUACGACGUCUACACCCACCUUUCCGAACUUCAUUUGGCCGAGGUUGGAUUGGACGUCAAAUGGCGCGACGUCCAUGUAAACGAUGAGGGGGAUCGGGGCCGCUGGGGCAAAACUCGACAAUAUUUCAGUGCACCUGUAUACCGUUUACCUGUUGGUAGCAUGGGCACCUUUUCGUAGUGGUUUAACAUGUCGACUAAAAAUACACUAUUUGUUGCUAUCGAUAUCACGACUGUAUUUGGUCAA